GGGGCACCUGACAUCGGAUCCCCUGAAGUCUACCUUCCUUCUGUCGGUGCCUUGUACAUCAUCUCUGAACCCAACCAUGAAUUCCCUGGUAGCUCUCGUGCUCCUGGGUCAGAUUAUAGGAUGCACGCUUAGCCAUCACUUGGUGCCGCAAUUAGAUUGCAACGGCGAAGAAGCUGAAAAAUUAGGAAACUUGGCCGUGAACUACAUCAACGAACACAUUAUACACGGAUACAAACAGGCUCUCAAUAUAAUCGAGGAUAUUCAUGUCCUGCCCCGGGUAAGUACAAUGGGAGGAAAAAGCUUCCUAGUUACUAAAUCAAUAACCGCUGUUGAAGCAGACUGUGAUGUCAAGCUGCUCAGUGAUGAGGGCGUCGACAAUGUGGUUGCUGCAAAAUGCCACUCAGAGCCAGAUUCUGUGGAAGACAUGCAGAAACAUUGUCCAAAAUGUCCAAUUCUUUUGUCUCUGAGUGACCCUCAUGUGGUAGAUUCUGCUAACUAUGUGCUCCAUAAACACAAUGACAAACUGCCCGACCAUGCUUACGAAGUCCUUGAGAUUUCAAGAGGGCAGCAGAAGGUUAGUAUGCAAAUCUUAAAAAGGAAUUCCGAUUAACUCUUCCAGUUUAAU